AUGUCAGACGCUGGGCAGUGGUGUCUCAUUGAAAGCGAUCCAGGUGUUUUUACCGAGUUAAUCAGAAGACUAAAUGUCGAAGGUACCCAAGUCGAAGAAGUUUGGAGCUUGGACGAUCAGACUCUAGAAGAAUUAAAGCCAGUCUACGGUUUAAUUUUCCUAUUUAAAUGGCAAGGUGGAAAUGACAGUUCAAAGCUUCACCCGGAUGCAGAUUUGAGCAUUGAUAAUAGGGUUAUUAACAAUGCGUGCGCAACUCAAGCUAUCUUGUCCAUUUUGUUGAAUUGUCCAUUAAUCAAUCUCGGUCCAGACCUAGAAAACCUUAAAGAGUUUACCAAGGAUUUUGAUUCGUAUUACAAAGGCCUUACAAUUUCAAAUAGCACUCUUAUUCGUUCAGUUCAUAAUAGUUUUGCUCGUUCGGAUCCUUUUUUCAUGGAUCAAACUGACGUGCCCUCAUCUGAAAAAGAGGACAUUUUUCAUUUCAUUUCAUAUGUUCCAGUGCAUGGUGCACUUUACGAGUUGGAUGGAUUAAGCGAAGGGCCAGUUAAUUUGGGUCCUUGCACUGAAGAUGACUGGCUGGAGAAAGUUAGACCAGUAAUACAUGAACGUAUGGCACGUUAUGCUUCUGCUGAGAUUAGGUUCAAUCUGCUGGCGCUCAUAAAAAAUCGCGAAGAAGUUUAUCAAGCACGUAUUAAUGAAAUUGAGUUAAACAUUGAAUAUGCGAAUAGGGAUGCAGAAUCAGAGACUGUGAUGCGUUUGAACGAAGAUAAAAAUAUCUUAUUGCAAAAAAUUGAAUUGGAAAGAGAAAAAUUUAAAAGAUACGAGCGUGAAAACUCCUUACGCAAGCACAAUUUCGUUCCAUUCAUAUAUAAUAUAAUUCGCAUCCUUGCUGAACGCGGUGAAUUGCAGGGACGUAUAGAAUAUGCUAAAAAGGAAAUGACUAAAAGAAAAAAAGAACGGGCUGAAAAAAAGAAACAGGCAGAAGCUUCUGUGAACACCUAUUCUGUUCCGUUCACCGACACAAGUAAUGCUAGACCCGUAGUUAACGAUGAAGCGGAGGUUAGACCACUUGUAGGCAUUAUCUAUCCGCCUCCGGAUAUUAGAAAUAUCGUCGAUAAAACAGCCGUCUUUGUUGCGAGAAAUGGUGUUCAAUUUGAAGAACGCAUUCGAGAAAACGAGAAGCAUAACGUUAAAUUUAGUUUCUUGAACUCUAAUGAUCCCUAUCAUGCUUAUUAUCAAUACAAAAUUGCUGAAACGAAGGAGGGAAAAGUUUCAAAAAAGGUCGAACCAAAGGAAAUGAGGAUGGAGAUCAAGGAUGAAGGACCGCCGCCUAAAGCUCCACCGAAGGAACCUCCAUCGUUUGAAUUCAUGAGUGAUAUGCCUGCAAUAUCGGCGCAAGAUCUUGACAUCUUAAAAUUGACGGCUCAGUUUGUAGCGCGCAAUGGCCGACAAUUCAUGACCGCCUUAUCUCAACGUGAACAACGAAAUUAUCAGUUCGACUUUCUUAGGCCAAAUCACAGUCUAUGUAAUUACUUCACAAAGUUGGUCGAGCAAUAUGCUAAAGUGUUGGUCCCUCCAAAAAAUUUGAACGAAAAAUUAAAGUCCAACGUUAAUAAUAAGUAUCAGAUAUUGGAACUUGCAUAUGCCUCAAUCGACUGGCAUGACUUUGUUAUAGUGGAAACUGUGGAGUUCACAGAGGCAGACGAAACCAUUGAUCUACCUCCACCAAUGAGUAUUAUAGAAUUGGAGAAUAUGACACUUACUCAAAAGAAGAUGGCAUCUGUUAACAUUGUAGAAACGCAAGAAGACAAAGCUGCAGAAAUUGAUAUGGAGAUGGACGAUGAUGUUGACAUGGUAGAUGAUGAUAAUCAAGAAGCAGAAGAUGAAGAACAAGAUCACGAUAAUAUACUUGCAGUAACAGAAAUUAAGCCUCCUGAUGCUUCUGCUCCAAUGAAAAUCGUCAAGGAUUAUACGCCGAAAGCAUAUGCACCUAAAGUUACCACUGAAAAACCAACAGUAAUCUGUCCUAGAUGUAAACAAGCCAUUCCCGUUGAUGAAAUGGAUGAUCACGUCCGUAUUGAGUUGUUAGACCCUAAAUGGAAAGAACAAAAAAUGGCGGCAGAAGCAAAGAAGAAAGAAUCGAACUUGCUUCAAGAAGGGACGGACGUCGCCAAGAAUCUCAAGGCUUUUUCCGGCUAUCGUUCAGAUAUUUUUGGAAAUGAAGAAACUGAAAUUGGGCGCAAGGUACUUAAAUUACUUAUGCCUUCUAAUUAA